GGCCCCCCUGCAGUGGGAGUGUGGAGUCUUAGCCACUGGACCAUCAGGGUUUGAGAUGGAGAAGUCCCAUGAAUGAUCAUCUCCAAGCUGAAGAAGCAGAAAAGCUGGUGGCAUAAUUGAGUCCAAGUGUGAAAGCCUGAGAACCAGGAGCUCUGAGGUCCAAGGGCAGGAAAAGAUGGGCAUUGAGCUCAAGAAGAGGGGGGGAAUCUGAGGCAGAAAUCACUGCUUUCUCUGGCAAGCUACAGGCGGUCUGCAUCUCCGGAUCGGGUCACAGGACAGCUCUUGAAUCAGGGGGAACCAGCAUCAGCCUCUUUCACAGAUCAGCCUGUUCUGAAAAAUUGAAAGUUGCUCAAGACUGAUUCAAGGGCGACAGAGGCUCCAGAGGCAGUAAUAGCACCCCCGAGGCCAGGACGUGGAGGUUCUUCUGGAGGCUCUGUUUCCGGAGCAGCGGAAGCCGGGAGCCGGGACUGGUCAGGUUCCUGUCAGUCGCUGAGAUCUCCCUCAUCCUCCUCAGCUUCAGAAAAAUGGCUCAAGCGACCAAGCGUGCAAUGAAGGAAAUGUCAACAUCUGAUCCGUUAGAGAGGAACAAGAGAGAUAAUGAAAAAUUCCGCAAACUCUUUGUUGGUGGCUUGAGCUCUGAAACCACAGAAGAAACUCUAUGGAACUACUACCGGCAGUGGGGAUAUCUUACAGACUGUGUGGUCGUAAGAGACCCCGCCAGCCAGACAUCAAGAAGAUUUGGUUUUGUCACAUUUUCCUCCAUGGCUGAGGUGGAUGCUGCCAUGGCGGCCAGACCUCAUUCCAUCGAUGGGAAAAGGGUCGCCCCCAAACGCGCUGUCCCAAGAGAGGACUAUGGAAAACCAGGGGCUCUUGUCACUGUGAAGAAGCUGUUUGUUUGUAGAAUUGGAGAAGACACGGAGAAGCAUCAUCUUAGAGAUUACUUUGGGAAAUAUGGAAAAAUCAAUGCCAUUGAGAUCAUUAGUGAUAGGGAGUCUGGAAGGAAAAGAGGCUUUGGGUUUGUGACUUUUGAUGACCAUGAUCCCGUGGAUAAGCUUGUGUUGCAGAAAUACCAUACCAUCAAUGGUCAUCACGCAGAAGUAAGAAAGGCCUUAUCUAGACAAGAAAUGCAGGAACUCCAGCAUUCUAGAAUAGGAAGGGGAGGAGGUAAAGCUGAUUUCCUAUACUUGCAUGGUGGUGGUGGAAAUUUUGGAGCUGGACGAGGAAGGGACUUUAGAGAAGGAUCUGAUGGAGGUGGAAGCAGUGGUGAAUCUGGGGAUGGUGACCAUGGGUAUGGAGGAGGACCAGGAGGUGGUAGUUUGAGGGUUAAUCCUGGUUAUGGAGAAGGACGAGGAGGUUGUGAUGGAGAAGGACCUGGACAUGGCCACCAGGAUAGGGGCUGCAGAGCUGGUUAUACCAACUGUGGAGGAAGGAACGAUGGAAGUCAGAAUUGCAAUAAUUUGGGAAAUUAUAAGCAGAAACCUUCAAAGUACGAGUUACUGAAGAGUGGGAAACUGAGUGGUAGGAGGAAUAUGGGAGGAUCAUAUGGUGGAGGAAACUAUUGUCCAGGAGGCCAUGGAGGAAGGGGGGGUUAUGGAGAGAGGGCGAUAUUGAGCUUGUUAUUUGACAGGGGCUUGAUUGUAUAAAUCAGGGAGAAUGAGAGCCCGGAGGUAACAGAAUAGCUUCAGGCUAUGGAAAUAACAAUAUCAAGGAAACUCUCAUUUCAGUCAUGCAUAAAUAUUUGGUGAUGCGGCCCAAGGCAUGAGAGCACAUGCAGAGAGCCAUUUUGUGAGUGGACUUAAUUAUGUAAAAAAAAUUACCGUCCUUGGAGGAAAAAAGUCAUAUAAAAAAUGCUUUUGAGACAUAAUUCUUUCUUUUUGUAAUGUCUUUCCAGUGGCCACUGUUCAAGAGUGUAGAAGCAUCUCUUUCUUUGAUAAUGUUGAAUUUUAAAAUUUUGGGUGACAUGUGAAAAUCCUUUUUCAAGAUUUUCCCCAUAUUUUUAAAACUGCUAGCUAGAAUCACCAUGUAAUAAGAACUAACAUCAUUCUUCUAAAGAAAUUUAGGUCAUGUGUAAAGAAGCUAUUGUACAUUGAAGAUUUAAUAAAAUAAUUUAAAAGGUGAAA